AUGAAUGCAGCUCAGAUGCAUGCAUAUAAAUGCGUAAAUGUAUUAACUUACUCGCAACGAGUUACAAUGGCUCAUUUCUGUGCCUGCGGAAGUGGUUGCGGCUUCAGAAACCUCAUCAUCACAAUCAAUAUGUCUGGUGUUGAUACGUACGGCCAGGCAGGAUACAUACUUGCCCUGGUUAAAAUCACAGACAUCAUCGGCUUCAUAGUAUCCGGCAUCAUCUUGAAUAGCGCGGGCACCCCAGAGCAGGGAUUCAUUGGUCUUGCGUACUGGCGCGGUCGGGGGCCCUUCAACAACGGCUUCAAAGGCUUCUGCACCAUCAUCCUCGUGUGCUAUGCCGCGCACAAGGUCAUCCACCGGGCGAGAGAAUAUAUACCCGCUCGCUCUGUGGACGUCGACACAGGAAGGCGCGAGUACAACGUCCACUCGUCGGAGGCGCGGGACGAGGAAGACCGGGCCGUUUGGCCCCGACCUGGAAAAGUAUGUACGAGUGCUUGUGCCGAGAUACCCUGA